CGAGUUGUUAUGUUCAGUGAGUGUUUUUAAGUUAAAGUUUAGUAUUAUUGCAACGUAUCAAAAGGAAAAUGCAAGCGUUUAUUGAUUCACAGAAAGCAGAUAUUGGGAGUUUAAAUAUGUCAGGCUGGCAUACAACUUUGGGAGCUGCUGGGCUCGGGGAGGGAAGCAGCGGUUUCAACACUAGUAUGGCGGAAACAGCGUCCAUUGCCCAUAGUCCGAAAUAUAUGCGCAAACGCCGACGGCUGUCUAGGCUUCUUGAUAAACUUGCUGUGCAAAUAAGUAAUAAUAAUCAUUACCCAUUACCACAUUGGCUCAUGCUCGACUCUGCUUGUUAUAACUCAAAAACCUCCGAAGAUGUUCCACUCGAUUUGUCUUUGAAAUCGGAGGUUCCAAAGGCGGCGACUAAAGAAACAUCCGGAUAUGCAUGUGACACUUGCGGCCAGACUUUCGCCGUUCACGAUCGUCUGGCCAAACAUGUUGCGUCUAGGCACAGAGACAAGGCGCCGGAAGCGACACGCGCUUAUGAGUGUGAGAUAUGUCGUCGACGAUUUGCCCGGUCGGAUAUGCUGACCAGACAUGCUCGUUUACACAGCGGCGUAAAGCCAUACUCUUGCUCUGCCUGCGGACAGGUAUUUUCCCGCUCGGACCACUUAGCCACACACCAGCGUACCCACACUGGCGAGAAACCCUAUCGAUGUCCAGCUUGUCCCUACGCCGCCUGCCGUCGUGAUAUGAUUACGCGGCAUAUGAGAACGCACACACGAAAGCCACAAGCACCAGAAAUUUAAACACCAUCGGAAAUGGCAAUCAUAAAAGAAAAAUCGGGUACAGUGAUUUCGAUUCUACUUUUUAUGCGUUUACUUAUAUUCUUAAAUUUAUUUAUUCGUUAGUUAUAAUUCUAGAUAUUUAUAAUUUGGCUAUAUUUAUUUUUAAUUGUAGGAUAACAAGGACUUCGUACUACGUUUUAUUAUACCUAAUUAGGUAAGGACAUAUCCCAUUGCAGUAUUUGCAGACUUUAAAAGCGAAUUAUUUUGCGCAAAUGCGAAUGCAUCCUUUGUUUAAAAUAGUAUAUACUGCUGAGCGCAAUGCGAUGUGUCUAAGUCAAAUUAAGUUAAUCGUUUUGCUUUGCUUAUUGAUUAGUGUAUUAGUGUCAUGACUUUAGGUAUUUAUUGUUAUGUUUGCAUUUUUUAACAUUCAUCACAUCAAUUAAAAUAUUUUCUGAAACAUUUGUGUUCAACAGACCUACUGAUUAAUAAAUUAUGACACAAGCCUAUUCAUUUUUAAUUGUUAGUUAUAGGAGUUUCACAUUAAGCAUGUUAUGAGUUUUAAGAAGUACUUCAUUAAAUAAUAUCGUACUUAUUACAUUCAACUUAAAAAAAACAAAUGCUAUCUAGAAUUAUUAUGUAUAGUAUAUAUGUAGAUACAUUUUUUUUCUCUACUUAAUACUAACUGUUUUAUAUUUUUAAGAGUACUAAUUAUUCGUUAAUUGGCAAAAUGUUUAAAUUGUUAAGAGUUAUUCGCUUGUUUGUCUUAUUGUGGAGAUACAAAGAAAGUUGUGGAGUUUGGCUUCAAUAGGCUUCUGUAAUUUCGUGUUUCAGUAAAUGCGUUUAGGAGGUAAAAAAAUAUUUUUGCCUUAUUUGUCACGUGUGUUCUAUACAACAUUAAGAUUAAGAUUUUACUUAGUUUAUUAUACGUUUUUAUAUGUUUUAGUAGCUAUAAAUAAAAUGCUUCACUUCGUUAAAUCCCUGUAAAUACAUGGUUACACAUUAAAUUAUAUUUGGAUAUAGUGGUAGAAAAAAUUCGAAACAUGUUACAUACUUACAUGUUUUCCUCAAUUUUAAUAAUGAUUAAGGUCGAAUUUCGAUUACACAACGAACAAUACUUUAAUUUAUUGGUCAUAUACAUAUUUGUUUUUUUUUUUGGUUUUAUAUUUGAAUUGUUGAAACAAAACAAAAAUCUUACAGAUUUUUUAAAAAUAUUAUUAAUAAAAAUACCUUUACCUUUAUCAUUUACAUUAUUUUUACUUAUAAAGAAGCGUUCAGUUUAAAAAGAAGAUAAUUAUUCGAAUCGUAUCGUAAAACUAACUGUAAAUACAACUAACUGACUAUCUACCAUUAAACUGCGGUGUUUUAUGACUGAAAGAAAACGCAUUCCAUAAGAGUAAUAUAUAAUGUUUAUGAAAUUUCAUAAAACAAUAUUGUCUAGCCAAAAAGAGCACUUCAAAUCACUUACCGAUAUAUAUUCUUAUAUGACAUUAUAAAAUGCAUAUAUUUUUUUAAACUUUUAAUAUUUAAUAAAAAAGUUAUAACAAUUUAUACAUUAUGCGUCGUUGAUAGAAAAUGUAAUAAUAUAUAUAUACGCUAAAGAUAUAGUUGAUACUUUUAACACAAAUAAUAAUUGUUUUACAAAAUCAGGGCACAUAUCAAUAACACUCCGUAAAAAACAUAAAACGAUGUUUUUUUUAACAUAAUUCUACUUUAUUUAUAUAAAGUCAAAUAUCCUUUGAAAACUUACUGUUUAGGUUUUGUUAUAAAGUUCAAGUAUAUUAGUUAAUAUGGUGUUUAUUAAGAUUAUUCAUAAGCUUAGCUAUAUCUAGGGAUUGCUGUUAAUUUUUAUUACUGUGAUAAUUUGAUUAUUUGUUUUAUUGUAGUUAUUACAU